GAUUUCCCGCAGAAAAAAAGACCGUUGCUCUGGCUUCUUCUCGUCAAUCAUCUCCGUCAGUUGUUGGAAGAAGAAGAUGGCGAGCUUCAUGCGACGAGGAUUGAGAUUAACAAAUCUAGGUCAUCGAUCGUCGACGAGGUUGUUCUCGUCUUCUUCGUCGGACGCGUUGGUAGAAAUCAAGCCCGGCGAGGUCGGGAUUAUCUCUGGCAUUCCCGAAGAACACCUUCGCAGAAGGGUUGUGAUAUACUCACCCGCUCGUACUGCAACACAGCAAGGCUCUGGAAAAGUCGGGAGGUGGAAAAUCGACUUUUUGUCUACACAGAAAUGGGAAAAUCCGUUGAUGGGUUGGACAUCUACCGGAGAUCCAUAUGCGAAUGUUGGCGAUGCAGGACUCAGUUUCGACAGUGAAGAAGCUGCAAAGGCAUUUGCCGAAAAGUAUGGGUGGGAGUAUGUGGUCAAGAAGCGCCAUACACCAAUAUUGAAGGUUAAAUCGUACGCAGAUAACUUCAAGUGGAAGGGCCCGCCAAAACCCUGAAUAAAAUUUCUGCCAAAGUGGUUUUCAGUACCUAAUUAAAUCUGAUGCUGCUUUUAUCAGGGUUUUGUUUGUUUGUGGCGCUCAGUCCACGCGUCGAGUGGGUGGAGUUCAUGAGCAGCGGCGGAGGACGUUGUCACGAAUCUUAUUGGACGGCAGCCGAGGGUUUUACGGUUUAUUAAUACGCGUGGCAUCCUGGUUUCAGAGGGAAAUGAACGCCAUUGGAUAUUUUUCCGUCGUCAUGCGGCAAGGAGAGAUGCCAACGAAUCGAGGUGAGGUGAAUCGAGCUUUAGAGUGUUCAAGCUUAACUUGUUUAAAAUUCAAGCUUAACUUGUUUAAAAUUAUGCAAAAACUUGAGUCCAAACAUUCGAACUCUAGCUCUUAAUUUGAGUAUCCAAAGAGCAUUCAUAAAUGGGUUGAGCUUAUCUUGGCAAGUUGAGCUACGAUUAACUCGGGCUCAAUUCAUUUCCUAAGCAAGCAAAAAAUUUGGUUCGAACUCGACUCAAUUAGUAAACGAACUAAUUCAAGCCAAGAACUUGAAAAUCUGAAAUUCGAGCCGCAUACGAACAACUUGGU